AUGGCUAAAGGAACGUUUGAUUCACGUGCGUUCACCGCCGCUCGCGGCGGCAGGGCCUUGUUGGGCGAGGAGAAGUCUCGCUCAUUCGGCAGACACUCGAAGCAGGAUGCUAAUGAGGAUAUGAGCAAUGCCGACGACCCCAUUUUCACGAGGUUGAAAACUAUCUUCCGUGGACCGGUCUCGUGCGUCGAAAGGGAUUUUAACUUCGACAAUGCAUUUGGCAGGUCGCUUUCCGACUCCCCGGACCCGCUUGCCAAGGGUCUUUACACUGGGGAAGAUUCCGGGCUUUGCAGCACAUCGCUUUCGGGCUUUGACAUGAGCUCAUGUGGAAGCUUGAGCGGCGUUGAUUCAGUGAGCAAGCUUGCUUACGGCGAGAGCGUGAUGUGCCUGGACUCACUGGCACAGGCGCUGGCGGCGGACUCAGCUUCCUACGCCGACAAGGAAAAGGCAGCGGCUCAAACGGAGACGCCGUUGACCCAUUUGGCUUCCAUAGAAACCGUGGCGACCCAGGAUGUUCUAACUCCACUGGGCGCCGGAUCCGUUGAAAUCGGCUGCGACUUCGCCGAUCGUGUGGGGAAACUCCUAGGCCGUUGUAUGGACGGCGACGAUUUGGCACAGAAGGAAUUGGCUACUCUUUGCGCUAGUGAAUUUAAUUUGCCGGAUGCUGUGCUCUCGCCCGCUUCGGUCGCAGCGCUGCUCCGGUUUUGCAUGCUCAAAGGCCAGCUGUACUUCGCCGGGCAGCUUCUGCAGGUGGCGUGGCACUCGGGACUGUACCUGGCUCCGAACGAUCAGGCGCAGGUGCUGCUUUCCCUGUGCUCGUCCGAGGCCGUCGGGCUGCUGCGCAGCUUACUCUCGAAACUCCCGCUAGACGUUCCGGAGAGCGAGGAGGUUAUGUUGUUGUUUGUUAAGGGCGUGAUAAAGGCGUCGAAGGACUCUACAGUGGAGCCUUUGUCAAACUUCGUUUCGGUACUCAGUGACUGCGGCCCCGAACCUUUGGGGGCACGCAGAAGCCGUCUCGUGGAGUUAUUCUUCAGGGAAGUAGAUGAUGUGUCGCACUCGAUGGAUGUCGUCGGGACCGUGCAGCGGAUAUGUGCCCUGGAUGUAUUCAAUGAAGUGUCCACCACUAGCAGAUUUAGGGCCUGCAAGCUGCUCUGCUGCGGCCUGGCCAACGAUAAGGCGGACAGCUGCAUUAAAGCGAUUUUGGAGGGUGAGGGUACAAACGUGACGUUCAUGGAAUACGUGGUCAAGCACGCAACUUCCUCAUACGUAACGGUGGUCAGCCGGCUUAUCAAUAUCAACUCGCUCAGCGCUCUCGAUUUCUUGUGCGCCCUUUCCUUGGGGCACCACCUGUCCCAGUCAGGCGCCACCGUGCUGAAGAUUUGCCUGUCAGCACAGCAGAACCUGUGCAGCAUCGUGCCGGAGGCGCUGUGCAUGCCUGGUUUCGGCGACUUUGAGUUCCUGUCUUGCGUUGGCGUUAACUCGCUUAUCCAGCAGCUUGGUCCCAGCAUUCCUUCGACUUUGCUUGGCGUCUGCACGGCUGUGUCUGGCUGCGGAAAGGAGAUGUUUUCCCCGCUUUUGGAGACCUGCCUGCUGAUUGAGGACCACGCCGCGGCGGAGGGGGUGCUGAGGUACAUGAACGAGUACUACGGCCACAUACCGUCGCCGCUGGUCGUGAGCUGCAUUAAGCUCCACUUGCUGCGCGGAAACUUCCGAUACAUUCUGGAGAGGCUGGUUAAGAAGGAUAGGCUCGGUAGCAUUUUCCGCGAUCGCAUGAACCGUAACGUUUACGCUGGCGUUGCCGAAUUUGGGCUGCGGGUUGCUAUUUCGGUGCUCAACUUUGAAAUCGGUUUGGAGUUCCUCAGGCACUGCGAUGUCAUGGACAGGAUCAGCGAGGAGCUCUCGGAGCUCCUGCAGAUGCUGCCGCCACACUUGCACUCGCGAAACAAAGUCGAGGAAUUCGUCACCCUCUGCGAAAGGCUUAAUCUUGACGAAGGUGCGUUCUCGGUUGCGCUGGAUUGCUGCUUAAGGCUGAAAAACUCGAAGAGGCUGCUUAGGUUAAUCAACAAGUUUAGGCGCAUGGGUCUACAGCCCCAGCUGCAGACCUGUGGUGUCAUCAUAAAGUCGUUGGCUUGCUGCGGAAGGAUAGCGGAGUGCGAGGAGAUAUGGGAGGAAAUGACUGCCAACGGCUCCCACGAGCCCAACGAGGUGACAUACGGUAUCAUGCUGGAUGCGUACGUGAGCAACAACCGGAUGGAUGAGGCCAUGGCGCUGCUCCAGGAGAUGAAGCAAAAGGGUAACGUCAAACCUAACACUAUUAUGUACACGACGCUCAUCAAGGGUUUCGGGCAGAACCGGCAGUUGAGCAGGGCGAUGAGCAUCUACGACAUGAUGGUAUCGGAGGGUGUUGCGCGCAACACCGUGACUUACAACUCCAUCAUUGACGCCUGUGCUCGCGUUGGCGAUAUGAAGGCUGCCGCUUCGCUUCUUGAGGAAAUGAUGAUAAACCAAAUCGAGCCUGACCUGAUCACCUUCUCCACCAUCAUCAAGGGCUACUGCGUGCAGUGCAACAUGGACCAGUCGUUCCAGCUGCUCAGCAUCAUGUACGAGCGCGGCAUCAAGCCGGAUGGCAUCCUGUACAACAGCUUGCUGGAAGGGUGUGUGAAAAGUGGACGACUGUGGCUCUGUGAAAAACUGUGGGAACAAAUGCGCCUGCACGGCAUAGCGCCCUCCAACUUCACGCUGACUAUACUGAUCAAAAUGUACGGUAGAAGCGGCCAGCUGGAUAAGGUGUUCGACCUUGUCGGUCGCCUUCCCGUCGAGUACGGGUUCACCAUCAACGCCCACGUGUACACGUGCCUCAUGAGCGCGUGCAUCACCAACGGGCGGUACUCGACGGCCCUCGACAUCUACCGCUGCGUAAAGGACGGUAGCAUCAAGCCGGAUGCCAAGACCUAUGAGACCCUGAUUCAGGGUGUCAUACGGGGAAGUUUGUACGCCGAAGCGGCGGAUCUUCUGCGUGACAUGUACCACCUCGACGGCAGCAUGUCUGACGCCGGUGCCGAUCUCGCGGUGCUCCAGAAGAUCAACACGCGCGUUUUGGAAAACCUGUUCCACAAGCUGCAGCACGCCCGGUUAGACGAAGACGUGGCCAGCACAUACAGAGCGCUGAGCAGGCGGUUGCAGUCUAUGGGAGUGAAUGUCCACUUCCAUUAG